AUGGAUGUCCAAAAUACGUUUAUUAAUAGAGAAUUAGAAGAAGAAGUUUACAUGCGAUCUCCACCUGGAAUAGAUCAUGCUCCAAAUCAGAGUUAUUAUGAUUGGGCAAUGUUUACACGAUCAUCAACCAAAGGGAUUGUUAUCCUUCUAGUGUACGUGGAUGAUAUGGUUAUAACUGGCAGUGAUAUUGAUGGGAUACACAAUCUUAAAUCUCGUAUAACUGCGUGCUUUCAAAUGAAGGAUCUUGGUUCACUUAGUUAUUUUCUUGGUAUUAAGGUGAGCAAAGAAACUGAUGGUUAUUGUAUUUUUCAAGAUAAAUAUGCGUCUGAUAUCAUUGCACGCUCUGGAAUUACUGAUGCUAAAAUUACAGACACUCCACUUGAAGUGAAUGUCAGACAUGGUCCUUUAGAUGGAACUCUUUUAUCCAAUCCAACCUUAUAUCGACAACUGGUAGAGAGUCUGAACUAUUUAACUAUAACUCGACCUGAUAUAAGUCAUGCAGUGUAUAUUGUGAGCCAAUUCAUGUCAGCUCCCCGUUUUACUCAUUAUGCUGUUGUACUACGAAUACUUCGUUAUCUCAAGGGAACUCUAUACCAUGGACUGCAGUUUUCGUCUAAAUCUCUACUUAUUCUUAGAGCAUACUCUGAUUCAGAUUGGGAAGGAGAUGUUAAAGAUAGGAUAUCCAUUACAAGAUAUUGCUUUUUCCUGGGAGAUUCACUUAUAUCUUAA